AUGCUGCGUCGCCCUGCACGUGCAGCCGUUGAAGCGGCGUUGGCGCCAUUGAGAGCCGCCGGAGAACAAGCUGCGGAGAGUGCAGAGCUGAGAAUAGAGGCUAGACUAGAGUGCCUUGAAGGAGAAAUGGGAUAUGAGAGAGAGGAGGCAGCAGCUAUAGACGUUUUCUUUUCAGAGGGGCAGAGAAGUGGUGUAAUAGCUGAAGCGAAUAUAAAGGCAUUUUUAAGGACACAUAUUCUUCUGGAGCAAAUGGAGACACUUCUAACAGGACUCCAGCCUCAUCAGCAGUAUAAAAAUCUUAGUGCUGAAAUGGAUGUUGGACGUUUUCAAGGAGAUCAUUUCAUGACAUGGGGAUUUGCCUCUGGGAGGAGUUUGGGGAACGGAGAUGCUGGCACGUUUAAUAAGAGAGAGAAUACAUCCACAAUGGGUGGUUUUGGAGUUUUUGGACUGAGAGGCUUUUCCAAUAACAAAUUUGAAGAAGCUGAUCGUUCUGCUUUCUGGAGAGGCUUUUCCAAUAACAAAUUUGAAGAAGCUGAUCGUUCUGCUUUCUGGAGAGUUUUGGGCUAUUUUGAAAUUGCUGGUGUGGAUAUUGCAGUACAUUUCUUUGGCGACACGGGUAGCGAAUAUGAACAAGAUGAGGGGACACAGCCCACUGGUGGCGUUUUUGGUUCUAGAAGACCAGCAUUAAGUGGUGCAGAAUGUACAAUACCAAGAGGAAGACCUAAUGUAAACGAUGGACUCUGGGUGAUGAUGCGUGAUGAGUGUAGGCUCAUCAGUUCUAGCCAGUGGACUACCGUGGCGGGGGAUGUUGGUAGUGGAGGAGGCUGUGCAGGUGUUGGGGCAGGAGGACCUAAAGUAACCUAUAUACCACCUCCUCCACUUGAGCAUGUGGACUCCAUGUUUGCACAUUAUCAACCAGGGAGAAACUUUGACAAAUACGAUUGUAUUCUUGCAGAGGUAUCUGGAUCCAAUACACCACCACCAAUUCUGACUUUUAAAGAAGCGAAUCUCUGUCAGACACUGAAUGACAACAUUGCUAAAGCUGGUUAUUCUAAGCUUACUCCUGUGCAGGAAUACGGUAUUCCUGUUACCCUGGCAGGACGAGAUUUGAUAGCUUGUGCGCAAACAGGGUCUGGAAAGACUGCGGCAUUUCUCUUGCCCAUUUUGGCUCAUAUGAUGAGUGCUGGAAUAACUGCCAGUCGUUCUAAAGAGCUGCAGGAACCCGAGUGUAUUAUUGUAGCACCAACUCGAGAAUUAAUCAGGCAGAUCUAUUUGGAAGCCAGAAAAUUUUCUUUUGGGACUUGUGUAAGAGCUGUUGCUGUAUAUGGGGGAACCCACUUUGGGCAUUCAGUCCGUGAGAUAGUGCAAGGCUGUAAUAUAUUGUGUGCUACUCCUGGAAGACUGAUGGAUAUCAUAGGCAAAGGAAAGAUUGGUCUUGGACAAGUCAGAUACUUAGUUUUGGAUGAAGCUGAUCACAUGCUGAAUAUGGGCUUUGGACCAGAAAUGAUAAAGUUAAUUUCCUGCCCAGGAAUGCCACCAAAGGAACAGCGUCAAACCGUUAUGUUUAGUGCAACAUUUCCAGGAGAAUUUCAGAGGUUGGCUGGGAAGUUUUUGAAGCGGAAUUACUUGUUUGUUGUGAUUGGAGAAGUGGAGAGAGCAUGUAGAGAUGUUCAGCAGAUCAUUCUUCCAGUUGGCCAGUACUCAAAAAGAGAGAAACUUGUUGGAAUUCUACUAACCACAGGUGAUGAAAGAACCAUGGUUUUUGUUGAAACUAAGAAAAGAGCAGAUUUUAUUGCCAGUUUUCUUUGUCAAGAGAAAAUAUCAACAACAAGUAUUCAUGGUGACCGGCCGCAGCGAGAGAGAGAGCAGAGUCUAUGGGAUUUUCGCUGUGGAAAGUGCCCGGUUCUUGUUGCUACCUCAGUAGCAGGCAGAGGGCUGGAUAUUGAAAAUGUUCAACAUGUUAUCAAUUUUGAUCUUCCUUCUACCAUUGAGGAGUAUGUCCAUCGAAUUGGACUUACUGGUCGUUGUGGAAAUACUGGCAGAGCUAUUUCCUUUUUUGAUCCUGAAUCAGAUCACCAUUUGGCACAGCCUCUGGUGAAAGUAUUGUCAGAUGCUCAACAGGAUGUUCCUGCAUGGUUGGAAGAAAUUGCCUUCAGUACACGUUCCGGGCCCCAGUGGUAUGGUAGUACAAGAGGAAAUGUGUUUGCAUCAGUUGAUACUAGAAAGAAUUACCAGGGCAAGAGCACUUUCAACACAAACACCUCUUGCCAGCGUGCAGGACGCUGUGGCGGGCAGAAGCUGCUUAUGCCCUCUGUUGGCUUUAGAUGCCCCCAUCACGCCCCACGCCCAGCUGCGUACCUAGUACCCAUUUGUGAGAGGUGGUCCACGAUGGACUCCCAUUUCGCCCCGAGGCGCUGGCGGCGCGGAAGGGCGUCUCUCCCUUUUGAUCUGCUGGGAGACAACCGCGCCUCGGCAGACAGGCAGCUGCGCGCGGCUGGGGCCCCAGCGAAGCUGCGGGUGCUGGGGAGCGGCUUCCGCCUGCGUCCGGACUCGCGGAGGCGGCUCCGGCGCGGUGGUCCUUCCUCUCCUGGCGGCCGGGAAAGGACAGCUGGUGAGGGCUGGGGCGGCGGGGCGGGGAGCCUUCCCCCAGGGCGGGACGGGUGA